CAUCCACCAAACACAUCGUCUGUCGGCCUAGCUCCAGUCUCACCAUGAGCCUCCCCUUUCCUCCAGUCUUUCCCCACCACCACCACAUCAUCGACGACGACGAAAGAAUCGCGGGGGGACCUUCGGUGCGCAGCGCUCUCCACGCCUCUACGAGUCUCAGCUCAUGGCCGCGCCGGAGCAGGAGGAGGAGCAGCAGCGUCCGUCCUCCGCGGCGCCGCCUCCCCGCUGCUACGCCUACAGCCGCCUGCCGGACGCGCGCUCCAUCCGCAUCCUGACGCUCGCUCCCAGCGGCGACGACGCAUCCUCGCCGCUCACGGGCACCAUCGAGGAGGCGCUCCUCGACGCCGUCGCGCCGUACGAGACCAUCUCGUACGCCUGGGGCGACGGGUCGCGCGACCGCGCUCUUCUCGUUGUCGACGACGACAAAGAUGACGACGAGGGCAACGAGCAGGAGGAGGAGGAGCUGCUGCUGCCCCUGACGGCGAGCCUUCACGAUGCCCUCGCGCGUGUCCGCCUGCCCGACGCGCCCCGCCGCAUCUGGGCCGACCAGAUCUGCAUCAACCAGGAGGACCUCGCCGAGCGCAGCCAGCAGGUGCGGCUCAUGAACGCCAUCUACCGCGGCGCCGCGCGCAUCCUCGUCUGGCUGGGCCGGGACGAGGGCGUGGCCGAGGACGCGGCGCGCAUGGUCCGCGACCUCGACGCCGUGUUCCGCGACGAGGAGCGGCACAGAGUGUUCAAGAGGGCGCACUCGGAGGAGCUGCACCUGCGGAGGCGGGAGCCGUGGGUGCCGCUGUCCAAGAUGACGAGGCUGCCGUGGUUCCACCGCAUCUGGAUCGUCCAGGAAAUCGGCACAGACGCCCCCGCGACGCUCUUCUGGGGCGCCUCGGAGAUCGACUGGCAGGUCCUCUCGCACGUCGCCGGCGUCCUCAACCAGGACUACCAUCACCUGCGUGCGCGCUUCGGUGUCGGCACCCCCAACAUCCGCUAUCUGCACCGGCGCUUCGUCGAGCCGACGGCACCAGGACCGAGAUCCGGAUCAGGACCGGCAGCCGUCGAGGGCGUCAUUGGUGUUGACGGCCUUGGUGCUGGCGCUGGCGGCGACGACUCGCCUUCGUCAUCAUCAUGUUCUUCUUCGUACGACGAGCACCACAACCGCGGAAGCUUCGUCUACGAGCUGCACCGCGCGCGCCACAUGCUCGCCCGCGACCCCCGCGACCACGUCUACGCCUUCCUCGGCCACUUCUCCGUCCGCAAGGGCAGCUGGGCCCUCGCCGGCCUGCGCGCCGACUACGCGCGCCCCGUUGCCGACGUCUACGUCGACGUGGCCGUCCGCGUCCUCAAGGGCGCCACCUCCCUCAUCCUCCUGUCGGCGUGCCACAACGCCGACGGCCCGCAGCGCAGGCUGCCCAUGAAUACUACAACGCGGAAGCUCCUCUUUGACCACCAGACGACGACGAUGGACCUGCGCCUCCCGUCGUGGGUCCCCGACUGGCGCGUCCUGCCCGUUCACAUGAUCGGCUCGCCCGAGACGCCGCAUCGUGCCGCCCGCGAUACCCUUCCGCGGCUGCUACUCGUUGACGAGGAGGAGGCUCAAGGGGAGCGGCGGCGGCGGCUGCUGCGCGCGCGCGGCGUCCGCGUCGAUGUCAUCGCCAGGCGCUCGUGGAUCUUCUACGGCAAGGCGUUUCAGUUCAAGCAGUCGACCUCGUACUCCAACCCCGUGGACGUGCUGUGGCGCGAGUACUGCGGCUACGACACCUUCAACCUCGAGGACCGGUAUCCCGGCGGUGCGGACGCGGGCGCGAUUGUGGUUGGGCCGACGACGGAAGGCGAUAGCAGCGGCGGCGGCGACGACGACGGCAAAGGGUUCAAGGCGUCUGCCUUCUUCGCGCUGGCCCAAACCCUCACCAACGGCUGCAUCGGCGCGGACCGCUCCCGCCCCUACGCAUCCAUCCCCCAACGCAGGUGGCUCGCCGACGCCGCCGCCUACCUCGCCCGCUCCGGCAUCCCGCCACGGCGCAUCUCUCCCGCCCUCCGCGCCGCCGCCACACCCGCCGCCAAACCCGGCGGCGACGCCUUCAAAUGGAGCCACGAGGCGACGCUCGUGACGCGGUACCGGCGCUUCGGCGUCACGGCCGGCGGGCGGUACGUCAUGGGGCCCGAGGCCAUGCGCGAGGGGGACGCCGUGGUGGUGCUGUACGGCGGGCGGACGCCCUUUGUGCUGCGCAGGGUGGACGACGCUGACGAGGACGAGGACGAGGACGAUGAUGGCGGUGGCGGCGGCGACGGAGCAUGGCAGCUGGUGGGGGAGUGCUACGUCCACGGCAUCAUGAACGGCGAGGCGCUGCAGGAUCCCGGCUUGGAGGAAGAGGUGUUUUCGAUGCGCUGAUGCCAACCAAAUUCGUUCUUCCCACCUCGCCGCUCCGAGAAAUCACACACACAUGACCGUCUCAACAACACCCACCACCCAUCACGGGGAUGCCCAAGACACACCAACCAGUCUUGAGGGCACAUACAAUCCGAUGCUGAGUCACGAAACAGAUGGAGCUCAUAAGCCUCAUAAGGCACUGAGACGGCGCCGACUCCUCG